CAGAGUGAGAAGUAGAUCUCCUCAAUAUUAAAGUGAGAACAGAGAUGUGCUUGUUUCAUCGGACACAUCAAGUCUAAGAGGUCUUGGAUCCCGUGUCUUUAUAAGAGCACAUCCACACUGACAGCACAGGAUUUUCCAUUUCCAAACCUGACGUGAUCUUUCUGAUGGAGCAAGUGUGGGUCCCAGUUCUCCAAGGCCCUGAGGAAAAGGACAGCCUGAUUGGUGCCGGCACAACAGGUGAUGGGACGGUGAGUGAGAAUGAGGAGGAGAAUCCUCAGCAGGAAGGUCCUGAACAGGUGGAACCACAUGGGACAGUUUCAGGACUAUCCAAGGGGAACAUUUCCCAGAGAUCUGGGAGGGGAGACACCUGUGAGAGUCAGAGCAGGCCAGAGAGACAGCAGAGAAACCAGCCAAGGAAAAUGAAAGGUAAAUCCACUCCUGUUGGGGAAGAUUUCACGGAAUUCAUUGAUGCCACAAUUCAGCAGAGAAUCAACAUGGGAGCAAAACCUCACACAUGCCACAUCUGUGGAAAAACGUACAGAUCGAGCUCAUCCUUUACUAAACAUUGGAAACUCCACACAGGAGAGAAAUGUUAGAAAUGUACCGACUGUGGGAAAAGCUUCAUUCAGAGCUCACACCUUAUGCAACAUCAGAGAAUCCACACUGGCGAUAAACCGUACAAUUGCAUUGACUGUGGGAAAAUCUUCAGUGACAGUUCACACCUUAUUAAACACCAGAGAACCCACACGGGACAGAAACCCUACAAAUGCCCCGACUGCAGGAAAAGCUUUGGUCGGAGCUCAGACCUCAUUAUCCACCAAAGAAUUCACAUGGAGGAGCGGCCCUAUAAAUGCUGUGACUGUGGAAAAAGCUUCACAGAUCGAUCAACCUUUAUUAAACAUCAGCGAAUCCACACAGGAGAGAAACCAUAUAAGUGCCCCAAGUGUGGGAAAAGCUUCAGUGACAACUCAGCCUUUAUUCGGCAUCAGAGAAUCCAUAGGCAGGAACAGGAGCUGCAGCCUGAUAUGGAGCCUGCCUACCUGCUGGUAGGAGGUGGUCUCAUUGAGCAGGGGCUGGCACAGGUUGAUGACCCAGUGCCUUCCCCUGCCCGUGCAUGUAAAUGGCUGAGCUUCCUGGGUCAUUCGCUGUGCACCGGCAGCAUUGCUGUUGCCGCCUGGCUUUUGAUCUGUUGCUCCCCAGCGGGGUCUGUGCGGGGAGAGAGCUGCAUUAACUCCCCUCUGUGCCCAGCCGGGGGGACUUUCUGCGGGGGCUGGAACCAGCCCCUGGGGCAGCCCCGGGCUCUGCCGACACUAGCGCCGGAGCCGGAGCCGGAGCCUGCAGUGUGUCCAAUUCCCAAACCUAACGUGACCUCUCAGAUGGAACGAAGGGAAGAGUUGGAGGUGCCGGAUCUUCAGGGCACUGAGGAGACGGAGAUUCUGAAACACAGCUGCACGGGUGCUCCUGCGGAAGAUCCUGAGCAAGUGGACCCAAACAGGAUGUUUUCAGAAAGAGCCAAAAGAAAUGUUUCCCACAGUCCUGAUCAGAGUCAGCACAUAUCAGAGAGGGAGCAGAGAAAUCACAAAGAGGGGAGAGAGGAAAAAUCCAGUGACCACCAGGGAGGUUUCAGUGUUCUUAAUGAAACCACGAUCCAGCUGAGAGUCCACAUGGGGGAAAGAUCCUACGAGUGUGCUGAAUGUGGGAAAGCCUUUAGCUGGAGAUCACACCUUACUGCCCAUGAGAGAAUCCAUACAGGAGAGAAACCCUAUAAAUGUCUGGACUGUGGGAAAAGUUUUAGUCAGAGAUCCCACCUUACUACACAUGAGAGAAUCCACACUGGUGAGAAGCCCUAUGAAUGCCCUGACUGCAAGAAAAACUUCCGUCGCAACUCACAGCUUAUUAAUCAUCUGAAAUCCCACACGGGACAGAAGCCAUAUAAGUGUCCUGACUCUGGGAAAAGCCUCCGGCGCACUUCACACCUUACUGCGCACAGCGGAGAGAAGGCUUAUCAAUGCCCAGACUGCAAGAAAAGCUACAGUCAGAUGUCACACCUCGUUAGACAUCAAAGGUUCCACACAGGAGAGAAACCUUAUAAGUGUCUGGACUGCGGGAAGAGUUUCUGUCAGAGCUCAGACCUUAUUACGCAUCAGAGAACCCACACAGGGGAGCAGUCCUAUACAUGCUCUGAGUGUGGGAAACAGCUCAACAGAAUCUCACACCUUGUUGCACAUCAUCGAUCCCACGCUGGAGAGGCGCCUUACCAAUGCCCUGACUGUGAGAAAAGCUUCAGUCAGAUGUCGCACCUCAUUAGACAUCAGAGGUUCCACAAAGGAGAGAAACCCUACAAGUGCCUGGACUGUGGGAAAAGCUUCUGUCAGAGUUCAGACCUUAUUACGCAUCAGAGAAUCCACACGGGAGAAAAGCCCUAUAAAUGCUCCGAGUGCGGGAAAGGAUUCAGUCGGAGCUCAAACCUUAUUGCCCACCAGAGAACCCACACGGGAGAGAAACUCUAUCAGUGCUCCCACUGUGGGAAGAGCAUGACCCGGAGUUCAAACCUCGUUCGACAUCAGAGAACUCACACCAGGGGAAAACUUUAUAAAAAAAGCCUGGAUCCAACCUAGCCAUUGUGAAUAAUACACUGGCCUUUUUCCAUUAAUGAUGGUGGUGUUUGGACCCAGUUACUCAAAGGAGGCUCCUAAUUUCUGUUGAAAUCAAUAGAAGUCAGGAGCAUAAAUAGCUUUUGAGAAUCUUGGCUUUGGCUCCAGUGUAUGUCCGGGGUCAGGAGAUAGCAGCAGGGAGGGUGGGAACCAGAAUGGAUUGUUCUGGAGGGCACAGUUGCUUGGGAGUUGUGACACAGAUGAUAAACAUAGGCAUAUCUUCAAAGACCAUUAUACUGAGAUAGACCACACACAUGAAUCUGUGGAAUGUUCAUCAUCCUUUGUAUCGAUGCAGCAUGUGUUUUCACAUGUUCUUCAAAUCUGUAGGGAGUGAUUAAUGCAAAACUUCCAAGCCUGGCUAUGUAGAUGUCCAAUCUUUGAAGUCUGACCUCCUAGGCUAUAGGGGGAGUUAUUAAAACUAGUAACUAACUCAGCUUCCCUGAACAGAAGAUUCUCUCACAGUGAUCAGGUUGAUUAUUGUAUUGAAUUCACUGGAUUUGACUAUUACUUUCAGCAAACUGAAUAUUCUCUGUUAAGUUCUUACAUUUACCUUUUUUAUCUUGCUUUUCCUUUUUCUCUAGAACCAUCUUUCUUUUGUUUUCUGCAAUUUCUGACUUAUUCUUAAUAGCAUUCUAGUCCAUUCAGGAGCACCAAUGGACUGGUUUGGGUUUGCAAUGUCCUGAACUGGACACUGGAAACAGAACUGGGAUGAUGUGUUUUUUUCUGACUUUAAAUGCAGAGGAAUAAAGUGCAACCGUGUUUCCCAAACUCUGAGUCUUACAACACAAGUGAAAAUGGGGUGAGAUUGGGGCCUGUAGGAAAGCCUGUCGGUAAUACUGUCAUAGCGCUGAAAAUCUGCAGGUAUCUGCGGAUAUCCAUGGGCCAUGUUGAUGGAUGCAGAUACAAAUUUUAUAUCUAGAGCCCUAAAAAUCUGCGGAUAUCUGCUUGAUAUCCACUUGCUAUCUGCGGAUAUUUGCUUAAUAUCUGCAUACCAAGCUUGCGGACCACAGAUCGGAUGCAGAUAUAAAUUUUGGAUCUGCCCAGGGCUCUAGUGACUGUAAUGACAUCAGAAGUCUGCUUUUUGAUACAGUCACCCCCACAGAACCAUCAAUACAUUACUAUU